UUCUUGCUUCCAUCUUUGUCCUUUUCCACGCUUUCUAGCUGGUAUUUAUAUAUGUAACCCGUUUGCCUCUCCAUCUUCAUCUUCACCAACCUGGUUUUUCCUCUUCUACAAAGCUCAGAGACAGACAGAGAAAGAUGAUGAAACUAAGAUCCAUGAGGUUUAGCAGAAGCAGUUCCAAGCUGAGCAGGGGAAACAGAGCAGCCCCAUCAGAGAAGGAUUGCAGGAGCAUGGGUGAAAUCAAAUGGGAGCUUCGUCCAGGUGGCAUGCUUGUUCAGAAAAGGGACACCAGUCAAAAUGCAGGAGAGGGACUCAUCACCAUUAGAGUUUCAACUGUGUCUCACUGGCAUGACAUUUCCAUCGAAGCUACUUCAACUUUUGGGGAAUUAAAGAUGAUAUUGUCACUGAUAACUAAGAUGGAGCCCAGAGAGCAGAGGGUCUUGUUCAAAGGCAGAGAGAGAGAGGAUGAAGAAUACCUACACAUGGUUGGUGUUAGAGACAAGGACAAGGUUCUCUUGCUACAAGAUCCAGCCAUCAAGGAGGAGAAGAAGCUGCUUGGUCUUGCAGGAAGAAGCCAACCCAUUAACACUUCUUGUCGUACCAUCAGUGUAUGACUAAUUUAUGUUUAAUUAAACUGUGAUUAGGUACUAACCACCAGAGAAAAGUGAAGAUUGCCGAAUAUUAUGAUAUGCAUCUUUCUUCUCUUUGUCUUAGAUUACGAAACUAUGAUAUUAAUGUGUACUUAUAUUCCGUCGGUUUGAGGCUUUGUUCAAUUAAAAAAAAAAAAAAAACUGUGUAAGUUAAUGCAAUGCGGUGUCAGUAUGGAGGGUUUGCCCUGUUCUUAUACAAGUGUUGAUUUCUUUCGGAUUACAUGUGAAUAUAAUAUCAUGAGUACAUGAUAGCCUUUGUCUUGUAUCCAAUUACAUAAACCCACGCGUGCACGCAGACACAGAACAAAGGGAAUGACAAAGCUAAAGCUAAAGUUGUAAGCGGAAGUUCAGCUAAGCUUGGGGACGCAGCUUGAUCAGAAAAGGAUCAUGGAUCUUUAGGCUAUAAAGUUGAAGUAGUUGGGUCCUGUAAUUAAGUGCAUACAGCUUGUUUCAUUGAGAUAAUAAUAGGGUCAAAAAAGUAAGGUGAGAGACGUGAGGCACAAGAGGUCCCAUGAGAGGGAGGGCCAGAGGCAUCUUCAUCUUUCUUGGGAAGCAGCUUCAAAGGAUUCCUCCUUGUUCUUGGUAUCAGAAUGAACCGCUUUAAAGUUGCAUCCAAGCCUUUUUCAUCUGAUUCUGUGUACGAGUUCUGCUUACACUCACGAGAAUCCUAGAAUAAAGCUUGCCAUUGAUAUGCUUUCUUUUUGUGUCCCCUCA